AUGUUCACCUCCACCUUCACCACCCUCGCCUCCAUGGUCGUUCUCGCCACCGCCGUCGCCGCUUCCCCCAUCGCGCGCGCCGACGCCAUCACCGACACCCAAGUUCUCAACUUCGCUCUGACCCUGGAGCACCUCGAGAACGCCUUUUACAAGGAGGGUCUCGCCAACUACUCCGACGCCGACUUCGAGAGCGCUGGCUUCCCCAGCUGGGUCCGCAACCGCUUCACUGAGAUCGCCGCCCAUGAGGCUUCUCAUGUCGCCUUUUUGUCGUCCGCCCUUGGCUCAAGUGCCACUCAGCCUUGCACGUACUCGUUCGGCGUGACAGAUGUCAAGUCCUUCGUCGACACGAGUUACGCGCUCGAAGGUGUGGGCACCGCCGCCUACACCGGUGCCGCUGCUCUCAUCUCAACCAAGGCGUAUUUGACCGCCGCUGCUACCAUCCUCACCGUCGAGGCUCGCCACGACGCUUGGGUCGGUUCCGCCGUCAAGCAAGGCGCCGCUUGGAGCACUGCCUACGAGACUCCUCUUGACCCUAACCAGGUCUACACUCUCGCCUCGGCAUUCAUCACCUCCUGCCCCUCCUCCAACCCCCCUCUCCCCGUUACUGGUUUCCCCGCGCUCACCGUUUCGGCCGAGGGUACCCGUGCCCCCGGCAGCUCGCUCAAGUUCGCCUCCAAGGCCCUCACCGACGCUUCGAACCUGUUCGCCGGGUUCUUGAACGGUCAAACCGCCACCGUCGUCCCUCUCAACUCUGACAUGACCGUGACCGUCCCCGAGGGCCUAUUCGGCACCGUCUACGUGAUCAUCACCAACUCCAGCUCGGAGGUGACCGACGCCAACACCGUUGCCGGCCCCGCGAUCUUGGAGCUCGAGUUCAACUCGCAGGAGGCGUUCAUUGACACGAAGUUCUGA